UAUAUAAAUAUAAUUAAAUUUAAUUAUACAUAUGUAUGUUUGUGUGUGUAUAUCCACGUCUAUUUAAAUAAGAUCAAAUAUUGAAACCAAUUUGAACGCCUUCUACAUGCAUUCAUUUCAAUGCUUCGUUAAAUCUCUAACACACACACUUUCACCAAACUAUAUCCAUUGCGCCACUGAAUGCAUUGUCGGCAACGCCAAACUCAUCUUAACUUUAAACGAACAAAUACCAUCCCAACAAACCCAUUCCGAAACAAACGAUCAACAACUUUUAGCGAAUGUCACAAUUCUUCGGACCGGAUAAAGGUUCGCGUUUGGGAUGAAGACAACGACUUGAAAUCGAAAUUGCGUCAGAAGCUAACUCGCGAAUCGGACGACUUUUUGGGUCAAACCAUAAUUGAAGUACGCACACUGUCGGGCGAAAUGGACGUUUGGUACAAUUUGGAGAAGCGUACGGACAAAUCAGCGGUAUCUGGAGCUAUACGCCUGCAUAUCUCGGUCGAAAUAAAGGGCGAGGAGAAAGUCGCACCCUACCAUGUACAGUACACAUGCCUGCAUGAAAAUCUUUUUCACUAUUUAUGCGAAGAAAAUGGAGGAAUGGUUAAACUGCCUCAACAAAAAGGUGACGAUGCUUGGAAACUAUAUUUUGAUGAAAUUCCGGAGGAGAUCGCUGACGAAUUCGCGAUGCGCUAUGGAAUUGAAAACAUCUACCAGGCCAUGACCCACUUCCACUGUCUAUCCACUAAGUAUUUAUGCCCUGGAGUUCCUGCCGUGAUGAGCACAUUACUAGCAAAUAUUAAUGCCUACUACGCGCACACGACAGCGUCAUCGGCCGUAUCCGCGAGUGAUCGUUUUGCUGCAAGUAAUUUUGGAAAAGAGAAAUUUGUGAAAUUAUUGGACCAAUUACACAAUUCGCUUCGCAUCGACCUCUCCAUGUAUCGUAAUAAUUUCCCGGCGUCUAGUCAGGAGAAACUAAUGGAUCUUAAGUCAACGGUGGAUUUACUGACCAGUAUCACAUUUUUUCGCAUGAAGGUCCAAGAACUAUCUAGUCCGCCACGAGCGAGUACAGUGGUCAAAGAUUGCGUAAAAGCUUGCCUUAGAUCCACCUAUCAAUUCCUCUUCGAGAAUUGUUAUGAACUGUAUAAUAGGGAAUUUCAGGUGGAUCCAAACGAAGCAAAACGUGACUCUGACGACCACGGUCCAAAAUUGGAUAAUGUUGAUUUUUGGCAUAAGUUGAUCGCGUUGAUCGUGUCUGUCAUCGACGAGGAUAAAAAUAGCUAUGGCACUGUUUUGAAUCAAUUCCCACAGGAAUUGAAUAUCGGGCAGCUGUCAGCUGCGACGAUGUGGAGUCUAUUCGCGGUCGAUAUGAAGUACGCGUUAGAAGAGCAUGAGCAGCAUCGUCUUUGCAAAUCUUCGGCUUAUAUGAAUCUGCAUUUUCGCGUGAAAUGGCUUUACAGUAAUUAUGUAAAGGAGGUGCCUCCGUAUAAGGGAGCUGUUCCCGAAUAUCCCGCCUGGUUUGAGCCAUUCGUCAUGCAAUGGUUAAACGAGAAUGACGAUGUAUCUUUAGAAUAUCUACAUGGCGCAUUCAACCGUGAUAAGAAGGAUGGGUUCCAAAAGAGCAGUGAACAUGCCUUAUUUUCAAACUCCGUUGUUGAUGUAUUUACGCAAUUGACGCAGUGUUUCGAUGUUGUUAGCAAACUCGAGUGUCCGGAUCCAGAAAUCUGGAAGCGUUACAUGAGACGUUUUGCCAAAACAAUCGUAAAAGUUCUGAUCGCAUACGCGGAUAUCGUCAAGAGGGAAUUUCCGGAGCACAUGAAAGAUGAGAGAAUUGCGUGCAUACUUAUGAACAAUAUACAACAACUGAGAGUGCAAUUGGAGAAAAUGUUUGAAUCAAUGGGAGGUGAUAAAUUAGAGGAAGACGCCGCGAAUAUUCUGAAGGAAUUGCAGCAGAAUCUGAACUCGGCGUUGGACGAUUUGGCAUCUCAAUUUGCUAUUAGCCUCGAGCCACGGAUCACACAGUCAGUGCGCGAACUGGGAGAUCUGCUGCUCUCUAUAAAAGGUGGCGGCAACAUUAAUUCCAAUCAAGCGGCACAGCGAAAUGCGGUGGCUGUUGAAGCCGAUGAAGUACUUAGGCCACUAAUGGAUUUAUUGGAUGGCUCUCUAACGCUCUAUGCUCAGUCCUGUGAAAAAACAGUACUGAAACGGUUGCUCAAAGAGCUUUGGAAAAUUGUAAUGCGUAUUCUAGAAAAGACUAUAGUGUUGCCUCCAAUGACUGAUAAGACUAUGAUGUUUAAGCAUCUAACAGAUAAUGCUAAGAAUCUUGCGUCGAAUGCCAAAAUCGAAGACAUGGGUAGACUAUUCAAAAGCCAUAUGGCUGGUAAGCAAGAUGUGAAGAGUGCCCUUAGCGGUGUGAUGGAUAUCUCCAAGGAGGUGGAGAAGAAUUUAUCACCCAAACAAUGUGCUGUAUUAGAUGUUGCCUUAGAUACCAUAAAGCAAUAUUUUCAUGCUGGCGGCAAUGGACUCAAAAAGACAUUCCUUGAAAAAUCACCAGAGCUGCAAAGCCUGCGAUAUGCUUUAAGUUUGUACACGCAAAUGACGGAUACGCUUAUUAAGACUUUUAUUUCCAGUCAAGUACAUGAAAUUGAUCCGGAAAAUCAGGAAGAAAGCGUUGGUGAAAUAUCAGUACAAAUUGAUCUUUUCUCGCAUCCCGGAACCGGCGAACAUAAAGUUAACAUUAAAGUGGUUGCAGCGAGCGAUCUGAAAUGGCAAAUUCCGUCGGGAAUGUUUCGGCCGUUUAUUGAAAUCAAUUUGAUCGGGCCCCACUUACAGGAUCGGAAGCGCAAAUUUGCUACAAAAUCCAAAUCAAACAACUGGUCGCCGAAGUAUAAUGAAACGUUUAAUUUCACAAUCGGUAACGAAGAGCAGUUGGAGUUCUUCGAAUUGCAUAUCUGCGUAAAAGACUAUUGUUUCGCUAGAGACGAUCGCCUAGUCGGAGUUGCCGUCAUACCGCUUAAAGACAUAUCGGAAAAGGGUUCGGUUGCAUGUUGGCUGCCAUUACAACGUCGUAUACAAAUGGACGAGACUGGCUGGACAAUCUUACGAAUCUUAUCACAACGUAAUAAUGAUGAAGUGGCCAAAGAGUUUGUCAAACUAAAAUCAGAAAUACGCCAGGAACCUAUGAUGGGCACAUAACUCGAUUAAAUUGUUGCAAUAUCGGAAAAUAUUUAAUUACUAAAAUAAAGUAAUUAAAUUUGAAACUGAAUGUAAAAAUUAAUUAACUAAUUAACAAUAUAUAAAUUCAUAUCGUCGUUUAAAGUACAAAACCGUGUAUCAAGAUAAUGCAAAACCGCGUAUAUGAGGUUGCUUAAAUUUUACAAUAGGGCUUAAAAACAUCUGAUUUCAAAACGGUUCUCUGUUUUAUAAAAGAAUCAUAUUGCAGGCUAAUUUUAUAAAUCGACAUUUUGGUAAGAAUGGGUAAGGCUUGAUGUCAGGAAAUUCCGGUGAACAAAUCUAAUUUUUGGCACAAAUGUCAGUUACGCGGUUUUGCAGAACGACGAUACGCCGUUUUCUACUUUUAGCGACGAUAUACUGUAAUAAUAUUGCAAAUAAUAAGUACCAAUAUUAAUAUAAAAUAUAUUUAAUAGUAAUAAAAAAAACACAAUACACGGUUAUAUGUAUAUGUCAUUACACGGUUAAUACCAUUACUAUUAAAUUUUUAAAAUACAGAAAAUAAAAAUAUAUUA